CCACAGCCGAAAAAGUUAGUACACCCCCGAUCUAAACCAUAUGUGCACGUGCAGAAUGGAGCCGAGAUAAAUAGUGCGCAUCUCUGGUGCGCAUGCGCGCUAGCCUCAUGACGGGCACGCCUUUUCUCCAAUGAGCGAAACUGUGCCAGUUUGUAAGCGUUUCACUCAAAUUAAACCUAUUAGGUUAGGUACCUGUUUCCUAGCUCACAAAUCCAAUGCAAGGGCAUAUCUUGCGGCUGAGCUGCGCUUCUAGAGUCCGUGCGCGACGGCGUCUCUGCGGCUGUAAGACGGGUUGUGAUCAUUAUGGAAAUGUAAGAGUUAUGAAGAGGAAUGAUACAGCUGACGCGUCAGAGGAGAGCCGUGUAUAGGGCAUGGAUGCAGCUAGCACCAUCGAGCAUCCGAGUCGAGGAAUGAUGAAGCUAGCCACUUAACCGGAGCUGCCACUGCGUUAGGAAGCCAUAUCUGAUCCCGAGGCUGAUCUUAGACAUAACGUUAUAUUUAUGCAUACAGCAUAUCAGUGUUCUAUAGUGGCAUGCGAUGUUUUCUGUUGAGAUUGUCAGGAAAUCAACAGCCAUCCAGUUGUAAUUAGAGGACAAGCGACCAGAUGCAACACGUUGCUGGCUGACUGACAGCUCCUGCGGGUGGCAUUCAUCCGGAUAAAGAUUUAUUCUGUUCAUGGGAUGACGGCGUCCUUUGUGUUCUGCUGCAUCGCCGCUGUGCUGCCUGGCCUCUCCUAUCUCGCUGUAUCUGAUCUCACACUGGCCUCCUGACAUCUGUAAGGCUCAUGCGGCGCUUUGUUUACUGUAAGGUGGUGCUCACCACCUCGCUGGUCUGGGUGCUGGUAGAUGUCUUCCUGCUGCUCUACUUCAGUGAGUGUAACAAAUGUGAUAACCGGAAGGACCACUCACUCCUGCCCGCUCUCCGAGCCGUGAUGUCCCGAACUCAUGAGGGUCCAGGAGAGAUGGGGAAGGCUGUGAUCAUCCCGAAAGAGGACCAAGAGAAGAUGAAGGAACUCUUUAAAAUCAACCAGUUCAACCUGAUGGCCAGUGACAUGAUAGCACUCAACAGAAGUCUGCCGGAUGUGCGAUUGGACGGGUGUAAAACAAAGGUAUACCCUGAUGACCUGCCCAACACCAGCAUUGUGAUUGUUUUCCACAACGAGGCAUGGAGCACUCUCUUGCGUACUGUGCAUAGCGUCAUCAACCGCUCUCCGAGGCACCUGCUGGUGGAAAUCCUACUGGUGGAUGAUGCCAGUGAAAGAGAUUUCCUAAAGAAGAAGCUGGAGGACUAUGUGAAGACACUGGAGGUACCGGUGCGGAUCUUGCGGAUGGAGCAGCGUUCCGGUCUGAUCCGUGCGAGACUGAGAGGAGCAGCUGCUACCAGAGGUCAGGUUAUCACCUUCCUGGAUGCUCACUGUGAGUGCACUCUGGGCUGGUUAGAACCACUGCUCGCCCGCCUUAAAGAAGACAGGAAAGCUGUGGUCUGCCCCAUCAUUGAUGUCAUCAGUGACGAGACUUUUGAGUACAUGGCGGGCUCAGACAUGACAUACGGAGGCUUUAAUUGGAAACUGAACUUCAGGUGGUACCCUGUUCCUCAGAGAGAGAUGGACCGACGCAAAGGAGAUCGCACUUUACCCGUCAGGACUCCCACCAUGGCUGGCGGUUUGUUUUCUAUUGACCGAACCUAUUUUGAGGAGAUUGGAACCUACGAUCCCGGCAUGGACAUAUGGGGAGGAGAGAAUUUAGAAAUAUCUUUCAGGAUCUGGCAGUGUGGUGGCUCUCUGGAGAUCGUCACGUGUUCCCACGUAGGCCAUGUGUUUCGGAAGGCAACACCUUACAGUUUCCCAGGUGGCACUGGCCAAGUGAUCAACAAGAACAACAGACGGCUGGCUGAAGUCUGGAUGGAUGAAUUCAAAGACUUUUUUUACAUCAUAUCACCAGGUGUGGUGCGAGUGGACUACGGAGACGUAUCUGCUCGCAAGGCUCUGAGAGAAGCUCUGCAGUGUAAACCUUUCUCCUGGUAUCUGGAGAACAUCUACCCUGACUCACAGAUACCACGCAGAUACUAUUCACUUGGAGAGAUCAGAAACGUGGAGACCAACCAGUGUGUGGACAACAUGGGAAGGAAAGAGAACGAGAAAGUCGGCUUCUUUAACUGCCACGGGAUGGGUGGGAACCAAGUGUUUUCAUACACAGCAGAUAAAGAAAUCCGUACCGAUGACCUGUGUCUGGACGUGUCCCGUCUGAAUGGCCCCGUCAUCAUGCUGAAGUGCCAUCACAUGAAAGGCAAUCAGAUGUUUGAGUAUGAUGCUGAGCGCCUGACUCUACUACAUGUGAACAGUAAUCAGUGUUUGGACAUGCCCUCGGAGGAGGAUAAAAUGGUUCCCACACUGAGAGACUGCAACGGCAGCCGCUCGCAGCAGUGGCUCCUCAGAAACAUGACCUUAAGUAUGUGAAGUGGAUGCUAUGAAAGCACCAAAGCUAAAGACACAAGAUCUCACAGUCAUUAGUGGAGUGUGAUCUGGCCUUUAACCUGCACUUUGGAUCUUUACAUGCCUAUUGGAUGCUGUCAGACUUUCAGCAUUGCAGAAUUGUCGAACUGUUCAUGUUGCAAAUCAUUUACCACUUGUGAUGUGUUGUCUUGUCGACGUAACUGUGCACACAUGCUGUACGAUAUUUCACUGGAGGGGCUUCCAGACAAAGUGCAAAAUGGAGCUUGAGCAACUUGCUCUAAUUGUUUUAGUCCUGUUGUAAAGAAAUGAAAGAAACUUGUGGUGAUGGUGGGGAAUUUUUUUUCCCCACACAUUACAUCAAAUAAGCAUUCAUAAUCAUGCCAGAGCUUUAUCGUCAGAAGCUUUAGGGUCGCAUCAUGCCAUAUCACCAAAAGAUAGUAUUACAAUACAUAUAUAGCUACAAAUGGCCAUGUCGCCAACUCCUGGGUUCAUGUAGAGUGGAAUACACUAUGAUUGUUGUUUUUCUUAUUUUCCCACCACAUCUGUUGACAAAAUUCUCUCAUACUCUAAUUGGCUAUUGUUCUUUGCUGUUUUUACAGGUUUUUUUUUUUGUAUAUUCUCACACUACCAGAGUUUCACUUAGGAUUUGUGUGACCACUCAUAUAGUAGAAUCACCUGCUCACAUGUAAAAAGUGGUCAUAACAGUCACAGUUCUGUGUAGCUUGUUGCAGAUCCAAAAAAAUCAUGUAGUUGAUAAAGAGCUCUAGACUAAAUUGGCUUUGGUCAUAAACCCAAGAUCCCAGAACCCAGAAUCUAAUGUAUCAUGUUCCCAAUCAAGUCUGUAUCUCUAACUUCACUGGAUUCUUGUCAUUAUAAAGUUACCCAACAGCUUUCAGCUGAAAUGCUGAUACACCGUGGGAACAAUUCAGUACCAGCGUCUGGCCAGUGUUACAGUUCUAUCCACAGGGCACUAGAUAGCAUACAAUCUGAGGGAGCUAAAGCCAUAAUCCAGUAGCAUCUGUUCCGGCCACUGUGGCUGUACUCCAUUUGGAACUAUUCCAGAGACUGAUCAUCAGGAUAGUGAUUGGAAGCUCCACUAUCUGUUAUAUCCUGCUGUCCACUGCGUUCUUUAGUAACAACAAUUUUUUUUAACUUCUAUGACUAAAAUCUAUGACAUUUUAACUUCUUUUCUAUAUAUGUUUGCAGAGUGAUUGGCAAAUAUGUAUGUGCAAUUAUUGGUAGCUUCCUAACACUGUACAUCCUUAACAUUGUUCUUUUCUACAGUAUUUAAAUAUAAUAGGUCAAAGUGUGGCAGAUAAGAAGCAGGCUUGUGCGAUUAUAAUGAUUUCAUUGUCACUGCACGACCUUACGCUGGCAAAAUAUCCAAUAAUGUUUGUUCCGAUUAUAUUAUAUUAUAUUAUAUUAUAUUAUAUUAUAUUAUAUUAUAUUAUAUUACCAGACCUGACAACUUUUAUGCAUUUGUGUAGAAGCUCUGAAAUAUAACAUCCAGAGUGUGAGUUAUCACUCAAAAAUAUGCUAAAGGAGCAUAUAGUGUAUAUUAAGGAGUAUAUUAAUAUGGAAUGGUUUGUGCUGGUGAUUUGAACUCGCCAAACACUGCCUUGAAGCCCCGCCCCCUUCCCCCAUCUCACGUGCUCUUGACUGAACUCCCUUUCUGUAAAGGUAAAUGGAAAAUAUUUUGAGUUCACUACAAUGAAAUCUCUCACUGAUCAAUCAUUCUCCAGAUGCAGCAUUUAAAAUUCUUUGUGAAAUACAACAUUGAUUCAGACAAUAUUACUUGGGUUUGGUGAAAAUUAGGUAUAUAUGCUGCAACUUGCUUAAUGUAGCAUAUGAUACUUCAAUUCUGAAGCAUUAUUACAUUAGUGUCUCCACUUGCCUAUUCGUUUUAAUAUUUGGGCCCUUUUAUUACGGUUUUAACAACUAUUCUGUCUUCAACACCAUGUCACUGAUAUGGAGCAGCUGUCCUGUUGUAAAUAUUCAGUAUUUUUGAGCAUUGUUGUACAUAUAAAAUCAAUUAUUUUUUUAAGAUGACAUUUGAAAGCCCUAUUUACCUCCAAAAAAACAGUGCAUUGAUGUAUUUCAUCAUUUCCAAAUGUAUAGUGUCCUUUGAGGAACUCAAAGCAGAAAGUUUAUUGGCUGUUGCCAGUCCAAGGCUCUUUACUACUUUAUUGAUGUCCAUCAUUGACAUAAUUUUUCGAAUAGUUUACUACAUUUAUUCUGUAAUUCAGAAUAAUUUAAAUAAUUGUAUUGUAUUUGAAAUCCAGUGUGUGUCAUUCAUUUAAGAUAGAUUUUAUAAUGGAUUGUGUGCAGGUGUCAUCUUUGAAUGAUUAUUCUUACACAUAAAUUCAAAGGAAACAAUUCAUAUUGCUCCCAACUUGUGUGCUGUUCACAUUAAAACAUAAAUGUCAAUGGGCUUUUAUAACAUUAUAAGUGCAUGAAAUAAAUACAGCAUAGAUUGCUUUUCAACUUCAACAAAUCUGAAAUGUGUAACUUUGUAUUUGUCAUAAGUGAUAUUCAGUGUUUGUUCAUUUGUUCAAGAAAUGUUGGAAGUAUAUGGAUUUACCAUACAUAUUUAAUAAAUGAAUAUCAGAGACUGUGAACGA